AUCAACGCUGUUGGCCCUACAAACACGAGAUUCAAGAAUCAGAGUCGCUCCUCAUCUCAAUUAUCCAACCCUAACUUUCUCUCUCCUCCAAAUGCCACUUAAAUUUCUCUUCAUUUCUUUUGGAGCACAUAUUUUCAGAUAACGUUCCCUUUUCUAUUAUUCCUACAAUUUAUAUUAACCAAAAGUCAAAAAUAGGAUACAUAGAUUUCCCUCUUUUUUUAAUUCCAUUUUCUUUUAUUAUCUUCUUUUUUCUUGCAGGAAUUUUAAUAUUUUUAUUUUUGCCGUUUUUUCUGAAUAAAGAUAUUCGAAGCCAUUGAAUUUCAUGUUCAAUCAACAAUCAGAUCUCAAGCGGUGAUCCCUUCUGUUCUGAAUACGACAAUACGGACAGGUUUAGACUGAAUGGACAGUGACGGUGGUGGCGUAGCUACUGCUGUUACUCCUAGGAGAUUGACCUCCCAACACACGACUCUUCGUGAAACCUUUAUUGCAACGGAUCUUGCUGAUGCUAUCAACAACGAAUUCACCAAUAAUUUUGCUUUACAUAAUAGUACAGCUAGCCCCAGACGGGUUUCAAGUAUUACAUUAGGUGCUGUACUCAAUAGUGACCAGAAAUCCCCACCACCAGCUAACGUAGUAGUUCGUACCCUUCUUGAGAUUAUUCGUAACGACGAGAUUCUUUCCCCUAGAAGUGCUUCUAAUAACAAGAAAACUUGGAAGUCAUUCAAAGAGCGGCUUAAGCUCAAGAGGAACCAGAAUCAGAAUCAGAAUCCCAUUUCUGGGCGUUCGUCAGCAUCUUUGCCAGUUCCACAAUCUGACGUGAUACCUAGUACAAGAGCAUUAUCGACAGGAGGAUCGAUGGCGACUAGAAAUUCGUUUAGGAGUACUUCACAAAGGCGAGUGGAUACUGUUCCAGCUGAUGACCUAACAUUAAGGGAGGUUGAUAGUGGUGGGUCCCCCAGAAGUGGGGGUAGUUUCAGGCUGUCCGCAGCUUUAGCUGCUGAGAGGCAGCAAACUCGUAGGAGAUUGUCGAGAGAGCUGCAUGAAGAUAGGGAUGAAGAUGAUGGUAGUGAUGGAUCUCCUAGAGAAGAUCGAGAUGAGGAUGAGGACGAAGAUGAGGAAGAGGAUGAAGUGGGGAUUCCAGGUUUGGGGCCUCCGACAAAUCAGCCAAUGAGGAUGUCGUUGAUGGACUUACUGGAGGAGACAGACCGGCAAGCUGGGAUCAGCGGGCCAAUAUAUAGGUUGGAUGAAGACGAAGAGGAGGAAGAAGUGGAAGAGGCAGAGGAGGAGGAGGAAGCCGUUGAGGAUGUUGGGAAAGGAGAGUUUUCAUGUUGUGUGUGCAUGGUGAGGCAUAAAGGUGCUGCUUUCAUUCCUUGUGGCCAUACAUUUUGCAGGUUAUGUUCCAGGGAGCUUUUUGUCCAGAGGGGUAAUUGCCCACUUUGCAAUAACUUCAUCUUGGAAAUUUUAGAUAUCUUCUAAGGAUAAUAGUGCUUCACUGAUCCUGGUCUUGGCUAGGUAAAACAUAAUCGCUAUAUAAGCUAGUUAUGAAUUUAGAUCUCCGAAGAGAAAUCAGUUCGUCCUUCUUCAGCUCAAGCAAAUCAAUUAUUGAGAUGUGAACUUAAUCUGAGAAUCAGAAUGGAGCUGUUUUUCUUGGUUUUACACUCUUGGUUCUGGACCUUUUAUUGUGUAUGAAUACGCUCUUUCUUAAUAGUCCAUUGUAGAAUAUGGAUUUAUAAUAUGUAAGGUUCAAAUCUGGAUCAAACUUCUAUAUAGUUAUACGAUACAUUGUUAAGUAUUGCUAACAUCUUGUAUAUACAUCUAAGGUUUUUGUUUUGCUCCAUUUUAUGAGCUCUUGCAUUUGAAAAUGUCAAUUUCAGUAACAAGAGAGCCAUAAUUGCUU